UGAGCUGAGCUCGCCAAAAUCAGCGCACUAGCUCGCUCCCGCUGCAAACCGGCCGAGAAUUUGCUCGGUACUCCGCCGUGCUAAUGGCCGCCGACGAAGGUCACGGCCCGCACCCCAGGGCCCAGGACCCGCCGGUGCCGUGUGGCAGCAGCGUCCCCGGGUUUGUUCCUCCGUUGAACAAACACUUGCCAACUCCGGCCGCCGGCAGCGGUGGCAGACAGGUGGUGGACAGGCCAUCGAGCUACGAGAUCGUCGGGAAGGUCCUGCUCGCCGCGUCGGGGGCGUUCGCGGGGAUCUUCCUGGCGCUCAUCGUGCUGCACAUGUGCAACGGCGGCCGCCGACGGGGCUCCCGCGACCGCCGCCGGCGCCGCCUGCUCCGGAGCCUGGCCAUCGCAGGAGCGGACGGCGACGAGGUCCGGGACGGCGGCGCGGCGCCGUCGCCCCGCGGGCUCGACCCGGCGGUGCUCCGCGCGCUGCCCGUCGUCGUGGCCAGCGCGGGCGCCGAGGCCGGGGACUGCGCGGUCUGCCUCGCGGAGUUCGAGGCCGGCGAGAAGGCCCGCGCGCUGCCGCGGUGCGGGCACCGGUUCCACGUGGAGUGCAUCGACGCGUGGUUCCGGGAGAACUCCACGUGCCCGCUCUGCCGCGCGGACGUGGAGGCGCCUGACUCCGCCGCGGCCGACGGGCAGCCGGAGGUGCGGAUCGAUAUAGCCGGGGACACCGUGGCGGCGGCGGCGGCGGCGAAGAGCAGUGCGCCGGCGAUGGGGAGGCUGCCGAGUGGGACGGAUCUCGAGAAGACGAGACGGGUCUUCACCUCGACCCGAUCCGCUUCCUUCUGAAUCUGACAACGAAAUAGACAGCGGAAGGUUCCUAGCCCGUUCCUGAACGUACGGACCCAGCCAUCGUUUCGGAAUUCGGAUUGUUUGUAGACUGCACAUACAUUUGUUGGCGUUACUGGGUUGGGUAUACCGUAUACGAUAUACGUAUACCUGGUUUUGUACAAUUUUGCCAGACGGUCGAUGGUUAUUUUUGUGUGAUCUUGACUUCUUGAGUUACCCCACUGGUCUCCUGUAAAUAAAUUUGGUAUUUAAACGGUGUAGGAGGGUGGAUGUGGGUAGUUA